UCUCCUCCCUCCCAGGUCCCCCUCCUCCCUCUCCCUCUCCCCCUCCCCUCCUCCGAGUGGCGUCACGGUGUCGCGGUUCCCGUGCUGCCCUUCCCGUGCUGCCCCUGGGUGGGAGCGGGGGAGGAGCCAGCCAGAGCCGGCCGAGGAGCGUCCGGGCAUUUGUUCCUUGCCAGAGAGAUUGACCACCUAGAGUCGCCAAGAUAGCUGGCUCGGGAAGAAAGCGUCGCACCCCUGACCCAGACUCCGUCACUGACCCCGGCGGGCCGCUUAUCUCCUCCAAACGGCUGAAGAUGUCCAGCAGCACCAGUGCCCCCGGCCAGAGGAGAACCGCACGGGCCGUGGAGGAUGUGACCAACAAGAAGAAGCAGAAGGACCGGGCCAAUCAGGAGAGCAAGGAAGGCGAGCGGCCAGUUGGCAGUGACUCAAGGAAAGACCUGCUGCUGGACUGGAAGCAGAAUGCUGAUGAGGUUAUUGUGAAGCUGAAUAUGGGCAGCGGGGCCCUGAAGACAGAGGAAGUGGAUACUUGUUUCACGGACACCAGCUGUGUUGUCAAUUUACCUGAUGGUCGCCAGUGGAGCUGCCAGUUCUAUGAAGAGAUUGAGAGCUCCUGCAGCAAAGUCCAGUACAAGAAGGGCAACAUCCUGCAGUUGGUGCUUCAGAAGAAAAUCCCAUUGCACAGUUGGGCUUCACUCUUGAAGCGCUGCAAGGAUAGCUCAAGGGAGCAGACCAAGAGGGCUGCAUGUAAGGAGAAUGGCAAGGAGAAACACCCUUCUACACAGACAGUAUCUGAGGAGCCCCAACCCGAGAGCACCACGGAGCCAUCCAGAGGAAGACAAGAGCCAUCCAGCCCAAAACGGGCCCCCAGGAGGAACGAAACUACAGGAGGAAAGAACUCAUCCAGUCCAGGGCUGCCAAGUGGCCCUAGCGUCAAAAAGGCAGUGUGUGUCAAAGCCAGUCUGUCUGAGGAAGAAGGGAACAGCAGCAGCAUGGGCAGCACAGAGCUCAGUGGGAAUGUCAGUAGCCAAAGGAAUGGCUGGGGAGCCGAAGGGGAUGCUUCGCUGGACCUGAAGGCUACCAACCUGGAAAGAGAAUCGGUGCCUAUGGAAAUGCAGCUGCCUGUAGCUUCUGCAGAGGCAUUACCCCACCAACUUGGACCCUGUGCAGAGAAGAUGAUCCCACAACCAACCAGUUCCCCUGAGGCUCCACAGGGGCCAGGAGCUGUGUCUGCCUUCAACGAAGACCUCUCAUCCUCUCUGCCAACCAGGGACCCUGAGAAGAGAGGCUGGUCCAAGGACAGUGAUGCUCUAGAGGCUGUUGCUAAUGAACCAGAGCCCGUUGUGAAUCUGACAUUUGUGAAGAAUGAUUCAUAUGAGAAAGGGAAUGAUUCUAUGGUGGUACAUGUUUACGUGAAGGAAAUUCACAAGGAGAUGUCCAGGGUGCUCUUUCGGGAGCAGGACUUCACGCUAGUGUUCCAGACGAGUGAUGUCAACUUUCUGCGACUGCAUCCUGGCUGUGGCUCUCAUACAGUAUUCAGGUGGCAAGUGAAACUCAGGAAUCUCAUUGAGCCAGACCAGUGCACAUACAACUUCACCAUUGCCCGCAUUGACAUCUGUUUGAAGAAACGGCACAGCCAGCGCUGGGGGGGCCUGGAGGCUCCUGCCACACGAGGUGCAGUGGGUGGUGCGAAGGUUGCCAUGUCAACAGGCCCUACCCCCCUGGAUAAAAACCAACCUGGGAGUAACCAGCACCCGCUGUCCACUAAGGAGGAGCCACGAGUAGGUGAGAAGGAGAAGCCACGAGCAGAGGACGCCGGCCUGGAUGGUGUUGCAGUCCGGACAGUGUCUGAGCAUGUGCCAGUGAAACAGGAACUGCAUGUGCCCUCGCCCAAGCCAACGUGCAUGGUCCCACCAAUGACUCACAGCCCCGUCAGCAGUGAAAGCGUGGAGGAGGAAGAGGAGGAGGAGGACAAGAAGGUGUGUCUGCCAGGCUUCACGGGGCUGGUGAACCUGGGCAACACUUGCUUCAUGAAUAGUGUUAUCCAGUCCCUCUCCAACACACGGGAGCUGCGAGACUACUUCCAUGAUCGCUCCUUUGAAUCGGAAAUAAACUACAAUAAUCCACUGGGAACUGGGGGGCGCCUGGCCAUUAGCUUUGCCAUGCUGCUGAGGGCACUCUGGAAAGGCACGCACCAUGCUUUCCAGCCUUCCAAGCUGAAGGCAAUUGUGGCCAGCAAGGCCAGUCAGUUCACAGGCUAUGCUCAACACGAUGCCCAGGAAUUCAUGGCUUUUCUGCUGGAUGGGCUCCAUGAGGAUCUGAAUCGCAUUCAGAACAAGCCCUAUACAGAAACGGUGGACUCGGAUGGGCGACCUGAUGAGGUGGUUGCAGAAGAGGCCUGGCAACGACACAAGAUGAGGAAUGAUUCCUUCAUUGUGGACCUGUUCCAGGGCCAGUACAAAUCCAAGCUGGUGUGCCCUGUGUGCUCAAAGGUAUCCAUCACGUUCGAUCCCUUCCUCUAUUUGCCGGUCCCUCUCCCCCAGAAGCAGAAAGUGCUGACAAUCUAUUACUUUGCAAAGGAACCCCACAAGAAACCUGUCAAGUUCCUGGUGAGCAUUAGCAAAGAGAACUCCACUGCCAUGGAGGUGCUAGAUUCCGUGUCCCAUAGUAUGCGAGUGAAUCCCGAGAACCUGCGCCUGGCUGAGGUAAACAAGAACCGCUUCCACCGCAUGUUCCCGCCUUCCCACUCGUUGGACUCUGUCACCCCUACAGACCUUCUGCUGUGCUUUGAGGUGCUUUCUCCAGACUUGGCCAAGGAGCGUGUGGUGGAGCUGCAGGUUCAGCAACGCCCUCAGGUACCCAGUGGGCCCAUCACCAAAUGUGCCGCCUGCCAGAAGCAGCAGCAAUCGGAGGAGGAAAAGCUGAAGCGCUGCACUCGGUGCUAUCGUGUUGGCUACUGCAAUGUAGGGUGUCAGAGAACACACUGGUCCGACCACAAAGCUUCGUGUCUCCCUGAGAACAUUGGCUUCCCCUUCCUCAUCAGCGUGCCUGAGUCGCGUCUCACCUAUGCACGGCUGGCCCAACUCCUAGAAGGUUAUGCCAGGUACUCUGUCAGUGUGUUUCAGCCACCCUUCCAGGUAGGCAGGAUGUCACCUGAACAGGGCUUGCCGCCCCAGCCUCCUGAGAAACAAGAACUUCCUGCCAGGAACAGCUGUGCUACAGCUGUGUCUGCCGCUGCUGACACUACUACUACCACCAUGGAGUCAGGAGAUGGCACCAAAGCUCCGCACCUCUUUCCAGAACCCCAAGUAUCUCCCUCUGCCCCUGAGCUACAGCCAGAGUUGGGGGAUACCAGUGCUGUGAGAAGCAAAGUCCCCACAGGAAGAAGCUCCCUCCUAAGCUUGGAUUCAGGCUUCUCUGAGCCUUCCUUGGACACCCGGGCCAGGAGCUGUGUGGAAAAGGAGCUGCCUUGUGAGAGAGCUUCCAAGCCUGAAGCUGCCAUCCCUGGUUACCAGCAUCCAACAGAAGGUCUGAGUUCUCACAUCACACAGUUCUACAUCAACAAGAUUGAUGCAGCCAACAAAGAACAGAAGCUGGAGGAUAAAGGGGAUGUCCCACUGGACCUGACAGAUGACUGUUCCCUGGCCCUGGUUUGGAAGAAUAACGAGAGGCUGAAGGAGUUUGUGCUGGUAGAGUCCAAGGAUCUGGAGUGCGUCGAGGACCCAGGCUCCGCAAGUGAGGCCGCCAGGGCAGGCCACUUCACCCUCGAGCAGUGCCUCAACCUCUUUACCAAGCCAGAAGUGCUGGCCCCAGAGGAGGCCUGGUACUGUCCAAAGUGUAAGCAGCAUUGUGAAGCAUCCAAGCAACUCAUGUUGUGGCGCCUGCCCAAUGUCCUCAUCAUCCAGCUCAAACGCUUCUCCUUCCGCAGCUUUAUUUGGAGGGACAAGAUCAAUGAUAUGGUGGAUUUCCCAGUCAGGAGCCUGGACCUGAGCAAGUUCUGUAUUGGCCAGAAGGAUGAGCAGCAGCUGCCCAUGUAUGACCUGUAUGCAGUUAUCAACCAUUAUGGGGGCAUGAUUGGUGGGCACUACACGGCCUAUGCUCGACUGCCCAGUGACAAGAACAGCCAGCGCAGCGAUAUGGGAUGGCGGCUCUUUGACGACAGCACUGUCACUACAGUGGAUGAAAGCCAAGUGGUGACACGAUAUGCCUACGUGCUUUUCUACCGUCGACGGAACUCUCCUGUAGAGAGACCCCCUCGAGGUCUGCCUCACCCUGCAGACCCUCGGGCUGACUUGGCCCCAUCCACUGAAGCAGCAGCCAAUCAGGCUUCUCUGCUCUGGCAGGAACUGGAGGCUGAAGAGGAGGCUGCCAGGAGGCUGAUGAGGAAUCCUUGGAGCUCUUGCAGCCAAAGAACAAAGCAUCCCUCCUCAGAGUGUCCCGAUGAAGGCCGUGUCCGAUACUUUGUCUUGGGCACCAUGGCAGCCAUUGUGGCACUCUUCCUGAAUGUCUUCUACCCGCUCAUCUAUCAAACUCGCUGGAGGUAGCAGCGGAAGCCAGGCACCAGGACAGGGGGGCAGCCAGCCGACUUCACCAUUGGCUCUCACGUAUUGCAUCUUUGUGGCGAGGGGCUGGGACGCUCCUCGCCAAGUGGGUGCAAGAAGCAGCACUUGUGCCAAGACCUCCCUGCAGAGCAAGUGCCAAGUCCAGGCCUAGUUGCUCGCACACGCGCUCUCCACCCCCACUCCUUGGCUAACCAUGGGGAUUGGCAGCCUAGGAAAGGUCCUUCUGGUUCAGCUGCCCCGGAAGCUUCAGUGGAAUGUACCUUGUCUAGGUGACUCUUGUAGGCUUUGGCCUAUGUGUAUCAAGGGCUGGUAAAUGUAUGUGCUCCAGCAGAGGCUGCAGAUCUACAAAUAUUGGCCUCUUUACUUGGAUGGUUAUACUGUUGCGUUGGCCACUCUCCGCCUUUAGGAUAGCAACUCUAAGAUGGGUUGACAUCCCCGUCCUUACCCCACUCUGGUGCCUAUUAUUUAAAAGUCAUGCCAACUUCUUCAUGUGGACACUAGCUCUGUGCUUUGAGCAGAUGGAGAAGAGGUCUCUGGCACACACUUUUGAAUGGGCCCCUCUGAGGGGUGGGGGGAGCACUACUGACUCUCUCUUCCAGACGUGUGGAUUUGAUUCCCUCUCUAUUAUGGUGUUGGCUUGCAGUCUGAAGUAUCUUUUCUUUCUCUCUUCUUCCCGCUCCCCUCCCCCCUUUUUUUAAUAAGCAGUAUUUUCAGGUAUUUUCUGUCUACAUUCAAGUUUAGUUUUAUGCCUAAAGUACAAGAGGAAGUCUUUUUCUCACCCUCCUGUGUCAAGCCAGCCCUGUAUUACGUUAAACAUUCUGUAGCACAGGGUCCUAGCCAAACAGGUCUACUUGGGUUUUAUUUUUCUGAUCCAUAUAUGGCUCUGUGAAUUUAUGGGUGCAUCUGUUUUUCUGUACACACAAGAGGUAGCGACGAGGUAGCGACUCUGUAGACUUAGGUGUGGGGCCCUUUUACCGGCUCAUCUGUAUCUGCAGGCGAUGGUUCCUCGUGUCCAAGAAGGCUCUCUCUUGUUUCCCUAGAUCAGUGGUUCCCAAUCUUAUGUGGACCACUACAUCAUUACUGAAAGCUUUUGCAGACCACCACAAUAAGCAAGCAGUUUUUAAACAUUUCUAACAUAGCCUAUGGCUGAGAGUCCAACACAUAUCAAGGCAUAUUUAAAAAGCAGCUAUUUCUAAUAAUUUAUUAAUGCUUACAAGCAUAUUGCACUCAUCACAGUACAUUUACCUCCAGUAGGCCUACCAGUGGGGAAAAGAUAACCCUUACCUAAUGGGAAGACUGACAAUGGAGGCAAUUCUUCCCCCCAUCCCCCCCCCAAAGGGGGCCCCUUAAGAGCAUGACGGCAUGUGGCACAGCGAGGCACAUGGGAUUAUUAUUAUUACAUUGUCUCAAUUCCCUCCACCCAUGGAACAACUGCAAUACCUUCAUGGACCACCAUUGGUCCACAGAACAUGGGUUGGGGCCCACUGCCCUAGACCACUAAAUACCUACAACCUGUGCCCUUGUCUGCAGCCAGAUAUGCAAGGGCUUGUGAUUCUGGGGAAGGGUUUUACUUCUUUGUAACACCCUUGUUUGAGUUGUGUGUAAUGAUUUUCCAUUGUUACUGUUAUCCAUCAGCUGCAUUGUGAAAACCUAACAUCUUUCACAUUCUUCCCAGCAUCUUGAGACUUUUUCUGCUGAUGUCCCUGCUGUGCCUCAGGAAAAGGGCAGCCUCUAGCCACAUCAGUGUCAAAGAGGACAGCCUGAUCUAGGCAUAGUUCUGGUGGGAGCCUUCCCAAGCUGAGGAGAGUCCCUUAGUUUAUUCUCCACCAGCAUGGUUGAGAAAGGCAUUGAAUUGCUCUGUGGAAAAGCUUUCACUGUGUUUUAUUUAUUGUAUUUAAUAAACCUAAGCUGUUCUAAAGAGAGAUGGUCAGGCUCAUUUCUUUCUCAUCAUCUGCCCUCUAUUAGCAGCUGCAGUAGCAAAUAAAUGUGUUAGGAGGAUUCUGUCAGUCCUCGUUGCCCACAUGUAUAUUUUUCCACUAGCCAUCUCUCCUGUCCUGUCACGGCUGUUGCUGCUUACUGGUUUAGAGGGGACCAAGGAAUUGGCUGGGCUGUUCAUUGCAUUUGAACAGAACAGCAGCAGAAAAAAGGCAAUAUUGGGGCGGGGGGAGGGGGAGAGAACUGGAAUAGAAGGGCUGGGGUGAAGUUCUGUCUUGUCUGUAAUCCUGUGCAAGCUUAGUAUUUGCUACUGCAGAUUCAGCACUUUGUGAGUUCUAGCCUUCAUUUAAAAUAAGCAACUAGUUUCUAGCCCAUAUCGCCGCAAAGAAAAUGUAAGAUGUGUGUGGGCGGUGUCUAGCGAUAUCUGUAAAGCCAAAGGAGAAGUUCAUUAGGGCUUCCAGUAAGUGAGCAGCCUUUCAGUGCUUGCAUGGUUUUUUUUUUUUGCUCCUCUCUAUUACUAGCAGAAGCAAAUACAUUACGCAAAAUCAGCAGAUAAUAAGCCCAUUGGUAUAGUUUAUAGAGGUAGCAGAAUUUUGGGUACGUUGGCAUAGAACAGACUCUAUUAGUGCAAAGUACAUGCUUGCCUAGGCUGAUAGUUGUCUAGGGAAGAAGGGAAUUGUUAAUAAGGCUGCAUGUGAGUAUAGACAACAACCUUAAUUUUAAAAAGUCAGAAUGUGAACUAUACUUUUAAGUCUGCACCAAUGCAGUUCAGUAACAUCAGUGCACAUCUGUGAUUGCAUGCUUAUCAAAAUGCAUCAUUAUGUAUGUCACACAAAUGCUCAAGAUGAGAGAAUAAUCUAAGGUCCGAGUCAAUUUUUUACAGCCAUCCAAACUUGCUAAUAUAUAUGCAUAAUUUCCUCCUCCCCCUCCAGAAUCUGUUUCUGAAUUUCAAAAACAUUGUAAAUAUUUCCGAUUGUGAAGCAGAUAAAAGUCCUUUCACAGGAUCCCUGGCAGGGUGGGAAGGAGAUGGAUUUGUGGCAUGGUCUCCUGUGCCUCUUCCUCCCAUAGCUGCUGUCUAAUGCUUUGUUCUAUUUGCAGGGAAUUAGCUCGCCACCCUUUGGAACCAGCCUGGCCCCUGAAGUUGCGCCUACGCUGCCACCGGAGGGGGUUCCAGAGCACCCCACUCCAUCCUACAGCAACAUGGAGGAAGUUGACUAAGGCAUCCUGCACUGGGGGUGGGUGGGAGUGUACAUAAGAUGGCUUUAUAUUGUGGCUUCCCCACCCCACCCCACCCCUGGUGUACCCCUGCAGUGGGGAGGAGGAGGAGCUGCUGUGACCUUUUCUUGAGCACACAAGCACUUUCUGCUCCACCCCUUCCUCCUCCCCUACCAGUUGGAAAGGUUCCGUUUCGUGUCCCCUGCUAGAGGCUGCUCUGUGCCAGCAUGCAGAGGGAAGUCCAUUGAGCCCCCCAGUGCAAUUCCUGAAGCUCCAGCCCCAAAGGCUCUAGUUAGAUUGCCUGGCACUGAGGCAGGUGGACCCAGACAAGCCCUGCACUCCUCCUCUUGUAUACCCAGCCUGUCCUACUUGGGAGCGGGGAGGGGGUCAUUGGUGUCUGCCCCUAAGGGGCCUUCUCCCAAUUUGCCAUACCAUGGGUGCCUGCUUCACCAUCUUCCACAGUCCCCCUUCGCCUCCCCCACCCUCCCAAGUCUGCUCUUUCUUGGUAUGCCAAGCUUAGGAUACCACCUUGGCUGCAACAUGGGCCUUCAUGAGGGAGGUGCAGCUCUCGCUGACUCCUUUGUUUUUGCCCCUUCAUCAGCAUCGCUUAGUCUGGCAGUUAGGAAGAAGGGGGGCUGGUGGCUGGCCCCUUGGCACCUGCUAUUGCCUUCUCAUCCUCCACACAAGGCAUGGGGAGCUGUAGUUUGUCCUGCUUCUUGUCUGCCCUUUUGGAUUUCUUUGCCCCUUGUGACUUCCUUGGAGUGGGAAGCUACUGCCAUCACCAUCUCUAUUUAAAUCCUUAGCCCUACAUCCCCUUUUACCCAUACCCGGAAUCGCUGUAACCAAAUGAGGCUGUCUUGGGCCCGCUCCCAGGAGGCCUCAGUCUCGCUUUUUCUUUGUAUAAAGUUGGUGUUUGUCUUUGGGUCCUGAGUCAUUAAAUUCUACUCAACUGCU